CGGUUCCACAGUGUGGCGUCGCUCGAGCGAUGUUACUUUCAGCUUGAGCGAAUGUUGACUCGCGUGAACGUCGAUCAAACUUCAUUGCAACCUGAUUCAGUAAUUUUAGCAUUUGUUCCAUUCAGGCAUUUUGCUCAUAAAGUUUGGUUCAAUCAUGCGAACCAUAGUGAAACUCUGGAACCAAAAGCAAAAAUUUGUGAAGUGGAAAUGGAAUGUAUGUUUGAUGAAGCUGAGUCGACCAUUACAAUUGGCGAGUUCCUCAAUGAAGUUAAGAAACGGGAACUAGCAUUUCAUAUACAUCUUGGAGUUGUUAGUUAUUACAUUGUGACAAGAUUUACACCUAUGACUCUUGAUGGAGUCAUCCCACGUUACACGACUUUG